AUGAGUACGAGGAAGCUAGAAGAGAGCCGCAACUCCUUGGUAGUAGAGGUCAUGGACAAAGUCUCCACACAAAGAUUAGCCGACAGCUCCUCCUCCUUCGACACCGCCAGAAACCCCACACGGGCAAAGAAGAUGAGUGUUUCGACGUAUGAUGCGUCCAAGGUGGUCAGCGGCACACAUGAGAUGAGGAUUCCCAACUUUGGUGCUCUUUAUCGAAAAAAAAGAAGGACCUAUGGUGUUGGUAGAGAAAUGCAGUCCAACACUUUCGAGAUCGAUGGUUAUGACUGGAAGUCGGUGGUAGACCCUGCCGGGAAGAAUCCGGAAAAUGAAGAGUGUGUCUAUGUGGCCGCCGAGUUGUUAACCGAUCCAGGAAGCUGCCGGUGUCGGGGGCGUCGCAUCAUAGUCACCAACAACUCCUGCGUUGCUACUGGCACCCCCACAGCUUGUGGUGUCAGAGCGCCGCCGCCCAGCAUUGCUCGGCACCUCAAGGAGCUACUAGCCAGCAAGAAGGGGUCGGAUGUGACAUUCCUUGUCGAAAACAGAGAGAUUCGAGCGCACAAGCUCCUCAUUGCUGUGAGGUCUCCCGUCCUAUACGAGAUGGUUGUGGGAGUGGCCAACAAGGCAGACCACUUUGUACCGGUCGCCGAUAUGAAGGCUGCGGUCUUUGAGGCCAUGCUGCACUUCAUCUACACCGGUGAGCUGCCACCUAUGGAACACUUAGCCCUUGCCACCAGUAGUGGCACCAAGGAUAUAUCCUUUGCUAUGAAAGAAAUAACCCUUGCUAGUAGUUUUUUGGUGGACGGUGGCUUGUUGAUUGUCGGAGACAUAAUGGCUGCGGCAUGCAGGUUCAGUCUUGACAAGAUGAAGGCCAAGUGCGAGACCUUGCUAGCGGGGUCCAUCAAGAAAGAGAACGCAGAGAGCAUGCUCACGCUGGCACGCCAGCACAGCUGCUCAAAGCUUGAGGAUUACUGCGCCCAGUUUCUCUUAUCGGGAUAUGUGACUCAUUACAGAGAACGGGCUGAACACGAUAUGCUAGAAAGGAUUCGCUCUUCUUUUUUCAUGUGA